AUGAAAAUAAAAGUGGUUGAGAGGUACUUGGCACUCUCGCUUUUCAUUUUGAAUCUGCAAGCAUGCAGUGCUGUACUCGGACGUCAAAAGAUCCUAGUAGAUCUCAACCUCUCUAGAGCUUUACCCGGAAAGAUCAUGGCCAUUUAUUCCCGAGAGAUGCACGGGGCUAUGAACUAUACUGUCAAGGGUAAUGCCAGACAUACACAUAUUAUCGGAGCAGUAAUCGAUCGAGGUAAGUUGAAUGCGGAGUAUACGAAUGGAGCGUAG